AUGCGUUUAGAAACAAAAGAACAAAAAAAACUUGGAAAACCUGUUGUGAUCCGCCCUACAAUUCUCUUCCUUUUCCCACUUUUUUACCUCUUGCUCAACGACUCUUUUACACUGGAGGAUUAUUACCAGUUGCUCAUUCAAAAUAAAACCGCUCAGCCGGAAGAGAUGCCACCGCAAACGGUCACAGCACCAAUUGUACAAGAACCCCAUCCCACUGAUCCGUUUCCAGAAACAAGUAAACAAGACUUGAAGAAAAAGAAAUUCGUACCAUGGGAGCCAUUUAAGGCAGCUCCGGCAGCUGAUCGAAAGGGGAGUCAACCAGAGAAUCUGCCUGAGAAAUUGAUUCCUUACAAGACUAAUGGAGAGGUGGAUGAUGUGAAGAGUCUCGUUACCGUACCCCUUGUGGACACUAGACGUUUGAUGAUGUUGAGAGCUGAAAGAAUCGAGGAAAGUGAUGUGAUUGCGCAUCUCGAGGAACAGCUACAAGCGGCCGAAACGCAGAUUCUAAUCGAACGAGAUUUGAACACGGAGUUGAAAAGACUCUUGGUGGCUACUGUGGACGAUGAUUGGCAAUGUCAUGUGAACUCUCUUUCGCAAGACAAAGUCACUCUUGCUCGACGUCUUGAUCAAUACGCUAAUAAACUUCAAAACGAGGAUGAGGAAAUGGAAGCGCUGAAGAUUGAGCGUGACGUGUGGAAGUGUAAAUUUCUUGCCAUGAGUAUCCGGGUCGACGAGGUGAAAGCUCGAAAUGAGACUUUACUCAAAAUCCUCAGAUGCGCUCAGCAUACGAUCAGCGACAUUGGUUCGAAUGGAGUUGUUGAAGAGCUAAAGGAGAGAAUCGCCUCGUUCACUUCACUCGAUCUCAGUCGACUCGUCGAGCGAUCACCGGCCGAAGAAAAGUAUUCACGGCCAGCCGUCAAUUAUCAUAAUUUAACGAUUGCUUGCUGCAAAAAUUGCACAGGUCGAGAGAUUCAUCUUCUU